AUGGUUUCAAUCAUCUUUCCCACUUUUUCUAUUUUAUUAAUUUGUUCAAUUGAAAUUAUUCUUGCCAAAGUUUUACCAUUUUCUGAAACUUUUGGAGGAAAAAACUUUUCCAACAUAUUAAGUGGAUUAGAUUCAGGAGUAUGCGAUUUAAAUAAAACUUAUACUCGAAGAAAUAUUCCAACCAAUAAUUCUCUUGGAUGUUUUAUUUUAGAUGAAAGUCAUUUUACAAAUCCUUUUUAUGAUGUAGAUAGAAAUUUAAUGGAUCCGGGUUUAUGUUUAAUUCAUUGUAAAGAUUAUAAUUAUACAAUUUCUGCACUUGGAAAUUCAAAUGAAUGUAGAUGUGGGUUUCAAGAUGGUUUAAAACAACAAUUAGAUAAUGAAGCUUGUUAUCUUGAUUGUAUUGGUAAUUCAAGUUACAAAUGUGGUGGAAAAUAUGCUUAUACUGUUUAUAAUACUAUCAUUGGACUUUCAAGUUAUCAUAUGUCUAAUAUAAGUUCCGAUAAAAAACGUGAAAUUAUAAAUAAUCUCAAAAAUGAUAUUAGAUAUAAUGGAUGUUUUCAAGACAGUCCUUAUUGUGGUCAAAGAUUAUUGAAUGGUACAUUAGAUGAGAAGGUUCAUAUGACAAUUGAUUAUUGUGUAGAUUUUUGUAAGAAAAAUGGUUACGCAUUUGCUGGACUAGAGGUUGGUUCUCAAUGUUUCUGCGGAAAUGAAUAUGAACGUAUAAGAAGAUUGGGUGAUGAUUAUUGUAUGGGUGUCGAUUUGAAUUUUGAACAACAUGAAGAAGAUCCCACCUCGACUAAAAAAAAACACUCGGUAUAUCCAAAGAAGUUAUGA